GUAGUGUACAAACCGUCAAUUAGCAUAACGUGCAGCCAUUAGAUCAAUCAGUCGAGUAUGGCAGACAAGGGCGACAAGAAGCCGUGGGAUGACGCGCUGGGCGCCGUGUCCAAGCAGCUGGAUGAGGCUUCCAAGAGUGUGCGCGAUGCGGCCGCGAAACCCGUGAACCAGGCGCGCGACGUGGUGCUGAGUGAGGUGGACCACGCCAAGGAGCUCACAAGCUCGGCACGUCAUGCGAUAAGCGAGACGGCGCAGCAGGUGUGGAAGGCCACCAAGGAGUUCGCGGCGCCCGUUGUGGAUGUUUUCAAGCGCGCCGAUGGCGACGAGGGCACGCAGCUACGCAAACACCUGGGCGAGGCCCGUGUGAGCCUCAACAAGCAGCUCUACGCUGCGCAACUGCAGCUCGAGGAGUCCAAGAAGAUCGCGGACGACCAGCUGGUGCCCGUCAAGGGUGCACUGGCCGUCGCCCAGCAGCAGUUGGUGAAGGCGAACGAGUUCCGACGCGAACACCCGGAGGUGGCUGCUGCCGGUCUGGCGGUGGUGGUGGGCGUGCCGUCUCUGUUGAUCCGUGGCAAGUGGUCGGCGGUACGGAACUCGGCGCUGGCAGUCGGUGCUGGCGCUGCGGCGUGCUACGGCUCGGACAAGUGGGCGGAGAAGAAGCGGAAGUAGAGAGAUGGCUGGCUGAGUGGCGGAGGUGGACUGCAUCACAUCAUAUCGCAUUGCACGUGGAUCAAGAAAAAAAAAGGAACUGGAAGUUGUAAGACGAUCAAGAAGGACACAGCACUGAAUCUCAUCAUGCAAUUUAGUUGUUAUACUUUCCAUUACAGGUGGCUUAUUUUUAAUCGUGAAACAGCUUCUAGAAGGCACAAGGGACUGUGUUUACUCCGAGC